UAAAGCUGACCUGGAGGAUCUCAUGGCAGACAUCAAGAAACUGGCCAACAAAGUGCGCUCCAAACUAAAGAGCAUUCUGCACAGUAUUGAGCAAGAAGAAAGUCAGAAUAGGUCAACAGCGGAUUUGAGGAUACGAAAGACGCAGCACUCCACCUUGUCCCGCAAGUUUGUGGAGGUGAUGUCGGAGUACAACACCACCCAGUCGGACUACAGGGAGCGCUGCAAGGGACGCAUUCAGAGACAAUUAGAGAUCACUGGAAGAAAUACCACAAAUGAGGAGCUGGAAAGCAUGUUGGAAAGCGACAACCCAGCUAUCUUCACAUCGGGGAUCAUCAUGGACAACAUCACAGAGCAGGCCAUGAACGAGAUUGAGACGCGGCACAAUGAGAUCAUCAAGCUGGAAAACAGCAUCCGAGAGCUGCACGACAUGUUCAUGGACAUGGCCAUGUUGGUGGAGAGCCAGGGAGAGAUGAUAGACCGCAUAGAGUAUAAUGUGGAGCACUCGGUAGACUAUGUGGAGAGGGCGGUGUCAGACACAAAGAAAGCGGUUAAAUACCAGAGUAAAGCUCUGAAGAAGAAAAUCAUGAUCAUUAUAUGCUGCGUCAUUCUGGGAAUCAUCAUUGCGUCUGCCGUCGGCGGCACGCUGGCCUGAAGCCUCUGCAAGCAGCCACGCUAGACGCUCACGUUUGAUUAUUUUCCACGAAUGCAAACGUAUUUACACAAAACGUCGGGGCACGAGUCGUGUCACUUCCUGUAACGAUCCAUCAAGGUAGUUUUUGGCAUGAGUUUCUAUUUUGUAAAAACAUGCGGCGCUGCAACAAUGUUUUGAGUGUUGUCAAAUUCUCCAAAGUGAAACCUUGUAACACGAUCUUUGUACAUUCCAAGUCUGUUUUGACGGAACCCGAACACUGGCAUUAACUUUUGACAUUGAAAACAAGAUGGACAUGAAGGGGAAAUCUGAAAAAUUUAAUAUUGUACUUUGGUAAUGUCUAUGUAUUUGUGUUUUUUUUGUUUUUUUUAAAGCCACGUUUACUGGCACGACUUCUCAUGUUUUUAACUCCCUAUUCAAAGUCCUCCCUAAAAAUGUUCAAAUAAAACAAGUCCUGCAUGGUUGAAGUUCAUCCAGUUUGGCUGGUAUUGUCAAAGGAUCUCAUCUGUACUUUAGGUGUAAGCCAUCACUGUCAGGUUUAAGCACCAAACUAUCUAUUAAACAGAACAAGAAGCAAGGAAUCAGGCAGAGACAGAGUUCAAUUUUGCUCAUGAGGAGAAUGCAUGGAGCUGCACACUCAGUUACAGUCUCACCCCACGCUCUGAGGCACAGCCCAUGCACCCCUUUUUAUUCAGGAGUUCCCUAGUUACAGCGCUGAGGCUGCUUCUAAAGAGAGGGGUCACAUAUUAUGCAAGCAGCUCAGUGCGCACAAUACGUGAUUAUUCAGAACGAAAAUGUGCUGGGGGCCUUGUGAUUUCACCCUGUCUCUGCUUUGUCUGCCUGCUGUCGCCUUAUCUUCGUUGAGGUCCUGGUUCGUCCUUGGCUGUUAGCAGGCUGAAAUCUGAAAAAUGUAAUAUUGUACUUUGGUAAUGUGUAUGUAUUUGUGUUUUUUAAUUUUUUUUUCAUUUAAAGCCACGUUUACUGGCACAACUUCUCAUGUUUUUAACUUCCUAUUCAAAGUCCUCCCUAAAAAUGUUCAAAUAAAACAAGUCCUGCAUGGUUGAAGUUCAAUCAAUCAAUCAAGAUCAAGAUGCUUUAUUGUUGUCCAUUCUUUAACAUGUACAAGACACAUAAGAACUGAAAUUUCAUUUUCGGCACAGUCCCACUUAGAGCAGACAUACGUUACAAGGGGACAAGACGGGACCGCCAACGGAUAAGCCACUUACGGCGCUCCUUAAAAAAGGUGAUAUUUGGAAAGGGGGGAAGAGUAAAAAAAAUAUCAGUCUAAGGCUGGACCCUCGAGAGGGGUCCAGACGGAGUCCAAGGAAAAAACCUCACAUAGCAUAGCACACAUAAACAUGAUACAUAUAAUCACAACAACUCGCAACAGAGGGGCCCUGGAGGCCGGCUGCCGCUAUAAAGCGCUAUAAAGCCAUCCACAACCCCGAAGAGGAAUU